AUGGCUCCCAAAAAGGCUGUUGUUCAAGAGAAGGUCCUUUUAGGCCGUCCUGGUAACAACUUGAAGAGCGGUAUCGUUGGUCUUGCCAACGUCGGCAAAUCGACUCUCUUCCAGUCUAUCACUAAGUCCUCCCUGGGUAACCCGGCCAACUUUCCCUAUGCCACCAUUGACCCUGAGGAGGCCCGCGUCAUCGUUCCCGAUGAGCGGUUCGACUGGCUUGUUGAACACUACAAGCCCAAGUCGCAGGUUCCCGCGAACUUGACUGUGUACGAUAUUGCCGGUCUGACCCGUGGUGCCUCGACUGGUGCUGGUCUUGGUAACGCUUUCUUGUCUCACAUUCGGGCUGUCGAUGCCAUCUACCAGGUGGUGCGCUGCUUCGAUGAUGCCGAAAUUAUCCAUGUCGAGGGUGACGUCAACCCCGUUCGGGAUCUGACUAUCAUCAGCGAGGAGCUCCGUAUCAAGGAUAUCGAGUUCGUGGAGAAGGCCCUUGAGGCCUUGGGCAAGCAGACCCGCCGUGGUGGCCAGUCCCUUGAGAUGAAGAAGCUCAAGGAGGAGGAAGCCACUACUGGCAAGAUUCUUGAAUGGUUGAAGGAUGGUAAGGAUAUCCGUCAAGGCGACUGGAGUCCCAAAGAGGUUGAGGUUAUCAACCCCUUGUUCCUCUUGACUGCUAAGCCAGUCGUGUUCUUAGUCAACCUGAGCGAGAAGGACUACAUCCGCCAGAAGAACAAGUACCUCCCCGGUCUGUUCGAGUGGAUCAAGACCAACGCCACCGGCGCCGCCGUCCUUCCCAUCUCUGCUCAAUUUGAGGAACGUCUGACCCACAUGGGUGACGAAGCUGCUGCUGAGGAGUGCAAGAAGCUGGGCACCAAGUCUGGUUUGCCCAAGGCUAUCACUGCCAUGCGUCAGGCUCUCCACUUGGCCAGCUUCUUUACCACUGGUACGGAUGAGGUCCGCCAGUGGACUAUUCGCAAGAACAUCAAGGCUCCCGCUGCUGCUGGUGUCAUCCACACUGACUUUGAAAAGACUUUCAUCCAGGCCAUUGUCUAUAACUACUCUGUCCUGAAGGAGCUUGGUGAUGAGGGCGCCGUUAAGGCUGCUGGUAAGAUCAUGACCAAGGGUAAGGAUUACAUUGUCGAGGACGGUGAUAUCCUGCUCAUCAAAGCCGGUGCUGCUAAGAGCUAA